AUGAAGUUCCAGAACACUGUUGCCGCGCUGGCAACGGCUGGCCUCGCUACUGCCCACGGGCAUGGACACGCUCACAACCACAAGCGCGUCACGGAGACCGAGACCGUCUCCGUUCCCGGCGCUGUUGUAUACGAUUUUGUUGUGAUGGACCCAUCCAAGUCAGGCGCUCCUCAGUCUAUUAGCAUAGAUGAGGCCUGCAAAGGUCUUGCCAAUCACGAGUUUGAGUGGCUCGACACCGCAGUUGUAGCUGCCUGUCCACCCAGCAGCACAGACACCCCCAUCUCGACUUCCGCGCCCGCCCUAUCAACGAUCUCUUCCAUCGCCCCUGCCAUUCUCCAGGAGAUCUCGGCUGUUAUCGUCCCAGCCAGCUCAACCAGCACGGCAGAGCCCACCUCAAGCUCCACCUCAAGUGCCGCCGCUACCAGCAGCGCCUCCAGCUCGAGCAGCUCGAGCAUCUCUGGUGCCAAGGGUCUCACCGCUGAUUUCCCUGAUGGAGAGAUUGAUUGCAGUGAAUUCCCUUCAGACUACGGUGCUCUUCCCCUUGACUACCUUGGCCUUGGCGGUUACUCUGGUAUCCAGUACAUUACUCUCCUCGAUGAUCUGGUCAGCGACAUUGUGACUGCUGUUACCGGUGAUAAGUGUCACGGUGGUGCUAUGUGCUCUUACGCCUGCCCACCCGGCUACCAAAAGUCCCAGUGGCCCACUGCCCAGGGUAGCACUGGCCAGUCCGUCGGUGGUCUCCAAUGCAAGCUCGGCAAGCUCUACCUCACAAACAAGAACCACAAGCAGCUUUGCAUUCCUGGUGUCGGCGAUGUCCACGUCAAGAACAAGAUGUCCGAAGAUGUUGCCGUUUGCCGUACUGACUACCCCGGUACUGAGUCUGAGACCGUCCCUCUCGCCGCCGCCCCCGGUUCUGUCCACGACCUGACUUGCCCCGAUGGCGACAACUACUUCCUCUGGGAGGGCAAGGUCACUUCCGCCCAAUACUAUGUCAACCCCAAGGGUAUCUCCACCGAGAAGGCUUGCCAGUGGGGUGACGGCAGCGAACCCAUCGGCAACUGGGCUCCCAUCAACCUUGGUGUUGGUUACACCAGCAACGGAAAGUUCCUGUCUAUCUUCCCCAACGCCCCGACUACCACCGAGACCCUCGACUUCAACAUCAAGCUUGAGGGUGACGGCCUCAGUGAUGAGUGCCGUUACGAGAACGGCAAGUUCUACGAUUCUAACGGUCCCAUCAGUGGAAACAGCGGCUGCACAGUCGGUGUCACCUCCGGCAAGGCUUACUACGUCUUCUACGACUAA